CACGUGCUCCCCGGCGUCCGGCGCGCGCGGCGGUGAUGGCCGCGCUGCUGGGCUGCGCCGCGCGCCUGCGGGCGCUGGGCCCGCGCCUCCUGCCCCGCGCGCCCGCCCCGGCCAGCAGAAACGUUCUCUACCAAACACGGUUCCUUACAGUUGCACCUCAACAGGAGGGAAGAAUUAAAGAAGAACCAAUUUCAGAAAUUCAAAACAGACGGGGCUGGCAGUUUGACUGGGCAUUAAAUAAACUGGAUAACUCUGUCAGAAAAACUGGCCGCAUCCCUAAAACCCUUCUACUAAAAGUGUUCAAUGAAAUAUGCAAAACAGGGUGUCCAGGGAGUAACCAGACCUUGCUUUUGUUGCGAAGUUGUGGUGCUCUUUUACCAGAGGUAUUGUCACCUGAAAGAACAGAACUAGCCCAUAUGAUAUGGGACAAGAUGAAAGAACUAGGUGCUGUGUAUGAUACAAGCCAUUUUAAUGCUUUACUCAAAGUCUACCUUCAGAAUGAGCAUAAAUUUUCUCCGACGGAAUUCUUGGCCAGAAUGGAGGAAGCUAAUGUGCAGCCCAAUCGAGUUACAUACCAAAGGUUGAUUGGUGCUUAUUGCAAUGAGGGUGACAUUGAAGGAGCAAGUAAGAUUCUUGGAUUUAUGAAGAGUAAAGAUCUCCCAAUCACUGAGGCGGUAUUCAGUAGCCUUGUGAAAGGUCAUGCAAGAUCAGGAGAUAUCAAGAGUGCAGAAAAUAUCCUCUCAGUGAUGAGGAUGGCUGGUGUUGAACCAGGACCAGACACCUAUUUAUCGCUGCUGAAUGUCUAUGCUGAAAAGGGAGAUGCUGACAGCAUCAAAAAGACUCUAGAAGAGGUUGAGAAGACUGAAGGGUACCUUAUGGAUAGGAUUUUGAUGCAGGUGAUUUUUAGCCUUGCUAAGGCUGGAUAUCCUCAGCAUAUUGAAGAUAUUAAAGAACGCAUAAGAUUUGAAAGGGAAUUAAUUCCAGAUGCAAUGAACCUGUGUUUGACUCUGAUAACUCAUGGCUUUGAAGACAUAAGUUUCCAUAUUUUGAAGUCUUUUAAUCAUGUAUCACGUGACAAUGUGGACCAGGGUAGCUUUUUUUUGCAACAUUGUGUAAACAGAGAUCUGCCUGUGAACAAGCUGAAGCAGUUUUGUACUGAGUUAAAAGAAACAAAAAUGCACUCUGCACCAUUACCGUUUGUUUUGCGUUGUGCUUUGGAGACCAACAGAUCAGCCUUGGCCAUUGAUGUGAUGAAGAUGAUGAAAGAGGAAGGCUUGCCACUCAGACCUCAUUAUUGCUGGCCACUGCUAGUUGGGUACCAGAAAGAGAAGAAUCUUAAAGGUAUCUUUGGGGUCCUCAAAGUGAUGCACGAGUUGGAUGUGGAACUGGAUGCAGAAACAUACACAGACUAUGUUUUUAAUAAUUUUGCUGAUAGUGAAACUGCCCUUGCCCAGCUGAAGGAAAAUGGCUGCCUGUUUGAAACCAUUGGACUUUCUGUAGCAGAAAUAAGAUAUGAAGCAACACAUGGAAAACUGAACAAUGUUCUUUCUCUACUGUCUUCAGCAAGCACACCUCCCAUUGAUAUGCGUCAAUUUAGAAACAGCCUCGUCUUGGGUUUUAGAAGCUCAAAUGAUGUACAGCUUUGGAGCAAGAUAACAGAACUGUUGUACAAGGAUGAACGUUAUUGCCUGACGCCUCCAGGACCAACUGAAGCUGUUGGCUAUUUUCUUUAUCACUUGAUUGACAGCAUGAGUGACUCAGAGGUACAGGCCAAGGAGGAGCGUUUGAGACAAUACUUCCAUCAGCUGAAGAAGAUGAAUGUAGUUAUCCCUACAACCUACUGCAGCGGCAUUUGCAGACUGCUGGACUCCUCUCAAGUUCCUGAAUUAAUUAAGGAUGCAAGGAUACUGUCUCAUAAAAAAUCCCUGUCUACAGACAGCAUUCCAGAAAGUGCAAAAUCUGACGUGUCUGCUUUGGAGAUGAAGCUAGAAAAGCAAAAAGCUGAAAAUCAGCCUAUUACAGAUGUCUUGAAACAACUCAUACAUGCUCUUUGUGAAGAAGAGAAUAUGCAAAAAGCCCUUGAAGUGAAAGCCAAAUACGAACCGGACAUGGUUGUUGGUGGUUAUGCAGCCUUAAUAAAUUUGUGCUGUCGACAUGAUAAUGUAGACGAGGCAAUGAACCUGAAAGAAAAAGUCUUCCCUAAGAAUUCACCUGUUGCUCUUGACACUGGAAAGUACGUAGCAUUGGUAGAAGUCUUAGGAAAGCAUGGUAGACUAGAAGAUGCUAUUAACAUUCUAACGGAGAUGAAAGAGAAGGAUGUUCCUAUCUCAGAAAGAACAGUCGCAUCUUUUUUCCGCAUUCUUAAUGCUGCUGCCAUGCGAGGUGAAGUUGAAGCAGUGAAUCGAUUACAUGAGACCAUUGUGAAACUGGGGUUGGCAGAAACUGCUGUCCUUCAUUCCCCUCUGAUUACAGUUCACCUUGAAAAGGAUGACAUGCCUGCAGCUCUGGAAGCGUUAAUGAACUGUUAUAAGAAGUAUGGUAAAAUUCUUCAGCUUCAUAACAUCUACUGUAAACUGAUAGAAAAAGGAGAUGCUGAUCUUCUGCAAAAGGUUUCAGAUUUUAUAAGCAGAGAAUAUGGUGACAUGAUGGCCCUUUAUGAUCUCUUCUUUGCCUUCUUGCAAACAGGGAAAUACAAAGAGGCCAGGAAGGUCAUUGAGACUCCUGGCUUGAGAGCACACUCUGGAAGAUUGCAGUGGUUUGCAAAAAAGUGUAUAUCAAAUAAUCAGAUGGAGACAUUGGAACACUUGGUAGAAUUAACUCAAAAUCUAUUUGAAUGUGAUAGAGAUGAGAUGUACUACUACUUGCUUCAAUUGUGUGAGAACAGCGGUGACUGGAGAAAGGCUGAAGCUGUUUGGACUAAAAUUCAAGAAGAAAAUGUUGUCCCUCGUGAGAAAACACUAGCCUUACUGGCUGAUAUACUUGAGAAUAAUGGUCAGGUUGUUCCAUUUGAGGUACCUAAGGUUAGACAUGAAGAUACUAGAAGUUUAGGUGUUUCUACCGUGGAAGAAAGAAAGAUGAGGAUGCUUUGCAAGAAAAACAAUGCAAAAGAGGCCUACAAUGUUUUCCUGAAAAUGGAAGGGAAGAAUGAGCUUCAUUAUCGUUCUUAUGAAACCCUUAUAAAAGCAUUGUUAACAGAGAAUUUUCUUGAAGAAGCCAUCAAAGUGAAAACCAUUGCUGAGACCCACAUCAAGGGCUUCACACUGAACAGUGCUGCCAGCAGCCUCCUCAUCAUAUCGCAAGUUAGGCGGGAUUAUUUGAAAGGUGCCAUGGCUGUUUUAAAAGGAAUACUUGACAAUGGCAUGUCGCCUAGUAGGGCAUCAGUUAUUGCACUCACUCAGGCUCUGGCAGAAAAAGGAGAUAUAAAGAACCUGCAAGCACUUAAAAACAUGUUGGAAGACCUCACAAAAUCAAUGGGUGUGUCUGCCUCACUAAAUGCAAAUGCUAUUGCAUGGGCUCAUACCAAGAACAAUGACCUUGAUGCUGCUGUGGAAUACCUUGAGCCUCUGCUUAUCUCUGGUGCACAGAAUCCUGAUCAACCUGUCAGAAAUAUUUCCUAUUUGUUAAGAAGGGUGUCUGAGGAAGGAUUAGAACCAGCUUUGGAAAAAUUUGGUGUGAUGGCAGAACGACUGGCCAGUCAGUCUGGAAUUUACAGACCUGUCGCAGAUCUUUUCCUUCAGUAUGUCAGUGCAGACAGAGUGGAUGAUGCCAGAUCACUGUUACAGAGGUGUGGUGCACUAGCUGGGGAGAAGAGAGCUUUCGUGACUUUUAUGGCUAGAUCAGCAUCUAGACCUGGACAGGCAAAGAAGAUCGAGACACUUCUAGAACUGAUUCCUGAGCAUCUAGAUACCGAACUUGCAUACAGUUACCUCAUGAAAUGUUAUGAAUUGGAUGGGGAUGUUGCUUCUGUGAAGGCACUGUAUGAGAAAGCAAAGGCACAGAAUAUACACCUGCACGAGCUAUCUCUGAAAUCUUUAGCAGCUUUUCUGAAGAAAGUAGGAGAGCCUGUCCCAUUCACUGAACCCCCUGAGACGUUGAAGUUCUAUAUGGAAAAAUGGAAGAAAAGGAGAUUGGAAGCAUCAUGAACAGGCAGUCUUUUAUGUUUUAGUUGUUUAUGAAAUUGUUUAAAUAUUACAUUCAAUAAAAAUUUAAAACAGCAUGUUGUUUUGUGUAAUUUUUAAUAUUAAUCUCUGUUUAUUCAGCACUUUCUGUAGCUGUAAUUGAUAGAAAAAGUCAUUAAUACAAGUGCUGUUAAAAUUCGUAAUGAAAUACCAAGCUGUAACUUUCUAGGCUGUUUCUGUUUUCAUCUGCUAUAACCUCAACUGUAUUUUAGCUUCUGUUGAUUGACCAAAUAUAUGUAUAUGGAGAAAUUUGCUAGAGAGGUAUGUAACUGUAACUUAAGCAAAAAGCAACUGUCUUAUCCUCUGUUGUUGAUUGCCUGGUCAGUGUACUCUGGGUUGAAAGCAGAAGGGUAAAGAACAUCAGGAUUCAACUGUAUCUCCACAGAAAAAUAAACACCUCUUCUUUUUUUUAA